AUGUCCUCUGCUCAUGAUGCCACCACCAAGAUCUCCAUCGACAAGUUCGACGGCGACAACUACGCGACGUGGAGCCGCUACAUGCGUGGCGUGUUCCUGACCAAGUCGGCGUGGCACGUGGUGAACCGGGAGACCACCCCCACCUUCGCCGAUCCUCGCGCCAGUGACGACUACAUCAAGACGAACAACAUUGCGUUCGGCUUGAUGCUUCUGCACAUGAGCGCGGAUUAUCAUCACGUGGUUGAUGACUGUGAAGAGGCGUGGGUCGCGUGGGCGCGUUUGAAGACGCUGUACGGCGGGUCGCAGAAGGCUGGACGCAUCUACUUGAAGCGCCAGCUGUUCAGCAUGGAGAUGGCGGAAGGCGGCAAUGUGAUGCAUCAUUGCAACGAAGUCCUCAACAUCAGCGCGAAGCUCAGCAGCAUCGGCGCCAAGAUGGAGGACGAGGACGUGGCGAUCUGCUUGUUGCGCAGCCUCCCCAAGAGCUACGAGAACGUCGUUCUCAACUUGGAGAUGAGCAGCGCGGAACUGCGAUCGCGAGACGUCGUGAGAGUGCUCACGAAUGAGCACAUCAAGAGGCAAGGUGACAAGACGACAUCGGUGAAGACUGAAGACGCGGCCAAGGCGUUCAGUACCGAGCGUGAACCUCGCCAGUGUACAUACUGCGGAAAAUUGGGGCACACGGCGGAGCGGUGCUGGACCAAGCAGAAGGACGAAAAUCAAGGUGGAGCUCGACGCGGCGGCAACAAUGCUCGUGGACGCGGAGCCAACAACGUUCAGUGGCGAACCAACAACAACAACAACGACGACAACUACGAUCGAGUUGCGUUCGCGGUUUCGCUGGAGGCUGGACUUUCGACGGGCAAGAAUAUGCCAGGGAUGUGGGCAGUCGACAGCGGUGCGACGCAUCACAUCUGCAACGACAAGGCCAAGUUUGCAAGUCUGAAUGAGCGAGAGGAAGGCGAACUAUCAGUGGCUGAUGGCAGCAAGGCUGCGAUCAAGGGUGUGGGAACCAUCAUGGAACGGGUGGUUCUGCCCAAUGGUGACGAACGCGACAUCGAGAUCAAGGACGCACUGUUCGUACCAAGUAUGAGCAAGAAUCUGCUUUCGGUGCCACAGAUCAACAAGGGUGGCAGGUUCCAAGUCGUGUUCGAUGGAUCCAAGAUGCAAGUGAAGCGCAAGAAUUCCACACAAGUCGUGGCAACAGCGGAUCUCGUCGAUGGACUUUACUGGCUGCGGACUCCUCAACGAUCGGCAAAUGCAGCAACACGCAAUGGGACCAUCGACUUGCAUGCGCGCAUGGGUCAUGCACCCCUCGAAGUUCUGCGCAAGAUGGUGGCCACUGGCAUGAUCAAGGACGCCAAGGCACCUCUCAACUCGACUGGUCCAAGUGUGUGUCGCGGUUGCCAGCAAGGAAAGAUGGUUCAAAAACCAUUCCCAACCAACCGUGACAAACGCCAAUAUGGUGUGUUCGAGUUGCUGCACUUCGACAUCUGCGGGCCAAUGGAACAAGUUUCGAUCGGCGGCAGCAGAUACUUACUGCUUGUGGUUGACGAAGCCAGCGGUUGCAUGAAGGGCUUCUGUCUGCGGUCCAAGUCUGAGAGUGAAGACUGUAUCAAGAACCACAUUAUCAAGAUUCAAACUCAGUUCGGCACGAAGAUCAAGUUUGUUCGGCACGAUGGAGCGCAUGAGUUUGCGACCAACUCCAUCAAGACCUUCUACGAAGAUCAUGGUAUUGAACAACAGAUCACGGUGCCGUAUGCACACCAGACCAACGGCACCGCAGAACGCGCGAUAAGGACCAUCGUCACGAUCGGACGCAGCUUGUUGCAUCAUGCAAAGCUGGAGAAGUGUUUCUGGGCUGAAGCGGCAAUGACGGCGAUCUACAUCAAGAACCGCCUGCCUUCACCCAAGAUCGACCACAAGACUCCGUUCGAGAUCGUGUACAAGUCGAAACCAAGUGUCAAGCACAUGCGCGUGUUUGGAUGUCGGGCGUUUAUCCUGACACCAAGGGAGAAGCGAUUGAAGUGGGACCCGAAGGCUUGUGAAGGGAUGUUCAUGGGCUACGAAGAAGCGUCAAAAGCUUAUCGAGUGUACGACAUUGAGGCGGGCCAAGUGGUGAUCAGUCGUGACAUCACCUUCGACGAAUCGACUUUUGACUUUUCGAUGGACCGACCAAGUGACGACGAUGAAGAUGCGGAGUUGGACCUCGACCUCCUGGCGAUCAACGAGGACGACGUGCGUCAAACCGUCUACAAGCAGACUGGCAAGCGCAAGAGUGAAGCAAGACACGGCAUGUCACGGUCAGCUCGCCCUCGAACUGGGUUGGAACAAGCAAGUGCGCCGGAACACGUCUCCAACCGUCACCAGAAACGACGAUCAAGUGCUCCAGAAACGAUGUCUGAUGACGAAGAAGAUGCAAGCGUGUACGAUCAAGAUGACGACUCGACGCCUCCAACAUUUUGGCGUGCAAGUGCAAACGCAGUGGAAGCAACGGACCUAGCAGAACCUGUGACUUUUCAAGACGCGAUCAAUGGUCCUGAUCAAACUCACUGGCGAAAUGCUGUGAAGGCGGAACUCAAGUCGAUGCAUCUUCGUGGAGUUUUCCCGGAUGGAUCGGUCGAGAAAUACAAGGCGCGUCUCGUUGCCAAGGGCUUCAAGCAGAAGUACGGCAUCGACUACACAGAGACGUUCUCGCCCGUGGUCAAGUACGUGACACUGCGUAUGGUGAUCGCGAUCACCAAGUAUUUCGACUGGCCACUGGACCAACUCGAUGUGGUGACAGCCUUUCUCUACGGAGUGAUGAAGGAGAAGGUGUACUGCGUGAUACCAGAAGGCGUCGAGAUGGAUGGCGACUUCGACUGUCUCGAGUUGGUGAAGGCGAUCUACGGUCUCAAGCAAGCUUCACGUGUGUGGAACGAGACUUUCGACGAGUUCGUAUGCUCCAUCGGUUUCGAAGCGUCGGCGUUCGACCCAUGUCUCUACAUCAAGGUUGUCGACGGUCACUGUGUGCUCGUGCUGGUCUACGUGGAUGACGUGUUGGUCACCGGCAGCUCGCUCGAGUUGAUUGCGCAGACGAAGGCCGACCUCAAGACGCGUUUCGAGAUGACCGACAGUGGCAAGUGUACUUUUGUACUGGGCAUCGAACUGGUGGACGAAUCGGAUGGCAGCGUGACAAUGUGCCAGCGACGGUAUGUCAACGACAUCCUCAAGCGCUUCGGCAUGGAUGAGUGCAAGGCCACAGCAAGUCCGGUCGACUUGAGCACUCGGCUUGUCGCAAGCACCGAAGCGGCCAAGAUCGACGUUCCGUUUCGUGAAGCUGUGGGAGCUUUAAUGCACUUGACGACUGCGACGCGCCCGGACAUUGCGUAUGCUGUGGGGUACGUCUCGCGCUUCAUGGAGAAUCCGCAGCAAGAACAUUGGACGGCGGUGAAGCGCAUCUUUCGUUACUUGCAAGGGACCAAGUCGCACGGACUCCGCUUCCAGCCAAGCGACAAGAUCGACUUUCGUGGCUACUCGGACGCGGACUGGGCCGGCGACCACGCUGAUCGCAAGUCGACUUCGGGUUACACUUUCAUGCUGAUGGGUGCUCCUGUGAGUUGGGGAAGCAAGAAGCAGUCAAGUGUGUCGCUGUCGACGAGUGAAGCGGAAUACAUCGCACUGAGUCUGGCCAUCCAGGAAGGCAAGUGGGUGCAUCGCCUGCUAUGCGAGAUUUUGGCGGCCGCAAACGAACCAGGACCGGACCUCGUCAUCCGUGAAGACAACCAGUCGUGCAUCAAGAUGACGAAGAAUCCGGUGAAUCAUGGCCGCGCCAAGCACAUCGACAUCAAGUACCAUCACAUCCGUGAUGAGGUCAAGCGCGGGGAAGUGCAGCUCGAGUAUUGCGAGACUUCCGUGAUGAUGGCGGACAUCAUGACCAAGGGACUUUCGGGACCUCGUCACAAGGACUUGACGACGGCUCUCGGCAUUCGUGCGAGUUCGGAUUGA